UCACAAGUUUUCCGUUUUUUCUCCCACUCUUCACUGCACAAAAUCAUCAAUGGCGAUUCGCCGGAUUUUAGCGAAACGCUUAUCUAGUACCCUAAAAUUAGAUCCACUUCCACCUCUAACGGUUCUAGAACGUUCUCACAUUCCGGCGACACCGCCGGAUUUCGUCAACGGUGACUUCUUCGGACGGUUUCUCCAGAGGAGAGAAAUCAAUCAUGUGGCGAGACUGCCGGAGUUUUUGUCUAUUCCGGUUGGAGAAAAAUUGAGAGAGAAAUUGAGAUCUAUGAAUGUUACCGGAGAAAGGAUUAGAUUCGAACGCCUAGCUCCACCUGCUCCGUCUACGGCAACGGCGUUGCUACCGGCGGAGACGAUGGGGAAGAUAACCGUGAAUGAUGCUAAGAAGAUAUUGAAAAUUUCGCAGUUGGAGAAAGUGAAA